AUGAUCCGGCUCUGCGACACUUUGCACAGACUCCUCCAGGGGCCAUACCUUUUAGUCCUCAUUAUUGCGGUCCAGAGUGCAAAUCGCGAAAAUGUCGCCCACGUGAGGAAACUUGCAGAAGGCGGGAUUUACAGAGUACUUCUCCUUACCAUGGACGAUGUCGUAGAAGUCAUCGUCAAGAUUCCAUACUCCAUCGCCGUUCCCAAACAACUCGCGACUGACAGUGAAGUCGCAACACUAGACUUACUACGCUCAAAAGGCAUACCAGUCUCCACGAGUGGUUGCAUGGUCUUCCCACACGCAAAAAUGACAUGGGGAUGGAGUAUAUUGUCACGGAGAAGGCCAUCGGAAUUCCCUUGA